CACAAGACCAUGACUGGCAAAAUAGAAAGUGAAAGGAUUUCCGUCAGUGUGGAAUAUAAAUUGAAAAUACCUUCUUCUUUUGUAGCCAUAACUGAGGCCUGAAGAUGAAGUGCUCUGGCUGCAGCCAUAUUAUUGUGGAGAAAACAGCCAAGUUUUGCAGUAACUGUGGCAAAAGUCUGUCUGCACAAUUUGGAAACACACAAGGAAAUCAGCCUAAAUCUUUGGAAACAGACGUGGAAAGUAAAACUGAGGAUUCAGAUUCUCAGAAAAAUGUCCAACUUGCAGAGAACACAGAUGGGAAAAGAUCUCCCAAACGGCAAAAUGAAGAAGAGCCCAACUCCAAGAAGAAGAAAAAAAAGAAGAAGAGAAACAAACGGAAGAAAGAUGGUAACAUAUCAGAUCAAGAGAAAAGCCUGUCUGACCAGUCCUACAUUUCUGCGGGAGACAACCAGCAGCAGAGGAGACUGAGAGGAGACUCUAGUGACAGUGAAAGCUCUGACACUGCAAUGAACAAAAGACGCCAAGAUGAGUUCUCCUCCAUGGAAACACCACCUAGUUCAUUAGUUGCUGACAAUACAGUGGCCUCUUUUGAAGAGACAGAAGUCACUCAGAGUGAAAACACUGGUACAGUUGAGGCUGGUGUAGCGGCUCAGUCAGAGGAAGCCGCUGACGGCCCUAAAGAGGGAGAACGCGAUGCUCAGAAUUCAACUCAGGAUCAGACAAUCAAGACGGCACCAGCUGACACUCCAGAUCAACCACCCACCUCAGAGAACAAGACCUCCCAGUCAGCUCCUGGUACAGGGACAGAAGCUGCUAAUCCUAAAGAUCAAAAGACUGCCUGCAAAAACGCAAAUAACAAAGAAGAAACUGACAUUACUAAACAGCCUGCAGUGGUCCAGGAUGCCAACGUGGAUCCAAAUGGGAAAGAGACCGGAGACCUAAAACAGAAGGGAAACCUUAAGGAUAGUCACAAACAGAAGGGGAAAGGUCAGCAGGAUCAGAAGGAAAAAGGUCAGCAGGACCAGGACCAGAAACAGAAGGGGAAAGGUCAGCAGGACCAGAAACAGAAGGGGAAAGGUCAGCAGGACCAGAAACAGAUCAAUUCAUCAUCAAAGGCUGCCAACUCAGGCUCCAGUGUGGAUCCAGAAAAGACAAAAAUGGAUGUGCAGGAGUCGGGGAGUGUGCAGGACACAACUUCAGACGAUGACAAAGAACGUAAACAGGACAGUCAGGAUAACGUCCCAACUCCCCCCCCUAAAAGACCAACCCAGAACAAGACCAUUGCUGCAUGUGAAAGACUCACAAUUUACUUCCACGCAGUCCUCUCAAAGGAUUUCAAAUUUGAUCCUGAUAAAGAUCAAAUUUUCAUCAGAGCUGGCACCCUCAUUGGUACAUGGGAGGAAAAUGCAGCAGAACUCUCUGUGACCAGGGAUUUGGGAGAACAUGGGUAUCUGGUGGAAGGACGUAUGACGACAAGCAAAAAUGAAACUGUGUCUGAGUCAAUACCGUACAAAUAUGUUGUCUAUAAGGAUAAGAAGCACGAAUAUAUAUAUGAAUACAUAUAUAAAAUUAAUAAUUCACAGCAUCCCACCAACAGAUGUUUGUUUGUGAAAUCCCACCUCAUCACUAAGGAUGGGGACUGGCAUCAAUAUGAUGACAUCAUCUGUGCUGAGCCAUCAAAAGGCGUGCUAAAACGCUUAAAGGAAGCAUUUAUCGGUCCUGAAGAAAAGAGAAGCCUGGUUGAAGGCAGAAAGAUAGCAGGACGUAUAAUGCUUGGGACCAUAUUUGAUCUUCUCAGGGGCUGGAGUGAAACCAACCUGAGCAGUUUUCAGGUUCAGUUGAACCAGUUCUUUCAGGUUUAUGGAAACCCUUUUGUGUUUGAAGACAAAGUGAAGAAAUGGGACACCUUAGAUUUUGGGGAAGAUGAUGUGAGGUGGAUGCUGAAAGAGUUCAUGCUGGCAAAACUCAUUCCUCAGUCGAAGGAUGGAGAAAGACAGAGUUCCUUUAUCCAGGACUCCUUUCGAGCAGCUGUCAUAAUGCUUCAUGUAUGGAGACAGUAUCAGAUCAGACUUGCUCCGGGUGAGCUCAGUUGGCUCUGUACUGUGCUGUGUUUACCCAAACUGGAGAAGGACACAUUCCUUCAGUACUGGGCAGAGUUUUCUCAGGAUGUGUCUGUUCUUAAAGGUUUGCCAGAAACGUUGGUGUCUCUGAUAAAAACUGUGAAACAUGAGCGCAUGCCUCGAUGGAUUAUGGUUCUACCACUUCUGCACCUCCUCAAAGGCACCAGCAAACCCUUUGAAGUACAAACUUCUGCAAACAUGAAGUAUGACGUGUCUUGGGCAGGUCUACAAGGCCUUGAAAUGGGCAAUGUAACAUACAUGAGCAGUCAGUAUAGGAAGUCUCUUUUAAAUGUGAUAAAAAACUACAGUCACUUGACGGAGGUGGAUACACUUUUAGUUCGAUCCUGUUUGUAUCUGAUGCCAAUCGAUGAACUCAUGGAGUGUACCAGAAUGAUGAACCCUGAACUUCUGGACCUGCUUCUUGUUUUCACUAAUAAGGUUUCCCAGGAAACAACUGCCAGCAACUUUCAGGAUGUAACUGACAUUCUCGCCCACAUCCAAGGUCAUCUUCUUGAGGAAAAAUAUAGUUACUUCACAAAGGCUUACGGGAGAGAAUGUCUGGCUACAGCAGUGAAACUGCUGGAGAAGAUCUGCAAAGGAGUUAGAGUCUCAUCAUAUGGUCUGAACUUCCCUGAUAUCCCUGUGGCGUGCAUGAAUCUGGUCUCGUCGGUGUCAAACUUUGUUCAAUCCAACAAACAGGAGGCUCCAGAUGGAGAGAAUCAACAUGGAAAAGGGAUGGAAAUCACUCAGGCGACACGCAUAAUGAGAAACUGGAUGAAUCAAUCCUUCAGACAGAGUUUGGUCAGCAAGGGGCUGACUACCUAUUUAUACGAUACUACAACAAAAACAGAGAUUGAAAUUUGGAACAACAUCAUUUCCAUUAACUUCAAAGACGAAGAAUACACAAAAGAUUGGAGGCAGACCUUCACAAUGGAUUUUGAGGGCAAAUACAAACAGGAAUCUGCACUCAAUCAAGUUGAAUACUACUGCAAGAACAUAGAGAAGCUCAGUGAAUCCCAUCCACAUGUUGCUUCCAUCGUUGAGAAGUGUGCUCUUGAAGCUGUCACAUCUCUGUGCCAGUCCAGGUCUGAAGGCAAAGUGUUUGAACGGUUGGAGAUAAAUUGGAAGUUUGGGAAACUCAUCUCUGCCAUUAUCCAAAAAUCCUGGCCAACGGACAAUCAAGGACAUUAUCAGGAAGAUCAAGAAAUCGUCUUUCAGCACCUCCUCUCCUGGACUGCGGCCAAAGAGAUUUUCCACCUACAUGACAAAGACAAAAAGCUCACCGAGAAGCUCUCUAACGAUGCCGGAGACAGAAUUGCUGAAGCUAUAUCAUCGUUCAAAGCCAUCACCAAUCAGCUGCUUCAAGGACACAUUAAGAUCAGCGUCCUUAACAACAUUCUGCAGAGACAGCAGCCCUUUUUAGAUCUGCUGAAGAUAGAGUGCCUUUCUGAGACUGGACAAUACAGGGACAUGGCCAAAAUAAAGAGGCUGCUGCAGUGCAGACAAGAUGAAGUGAGAUCUGUGUACCAUGAAGUGGAGCUUGUGGAUGUCAUCUUAACAAUGUGUCACAAACUUGAGGAACAUAUGACAGUUGAUGUUGCUGACUUGGAGAACAAAAAACAGGUCAACAUUGAGAUGAUGCCCUUGGACCAUUUCAUGGAGGUUCAUCCAUUUGACCAGCUGGCUUCUGCAAAAGCUGGUAUUGUGACUUACUUCAACCUCAGUAAAGAUAUCAAAGAUAUGGCGGAAGUGUUGUACACUUUCAGAGAGAGUUAUAUAUUCAAAUUAUGUUGGGAUGAACAUGCAAGAGACCUGGCACCUGAAGAAAUGGAGGAUGAGGAGUCUGUUGAGCAGCAAGAGGACAUCAUGGUAACACCUGAAGUGAUUCAUGACAAUAUUUUCUUGGCUUGCUUUGAUGAGUACAAAGACAUCUACACUCGUCUGAAGGAUGGCAGUAUAGCGCUUGAAGAGGUCAAUCAGCUUUUUGGAGCCUACAAAGGCAAGUAUGAUGAUCUAAAACAGGAACUGGACAUCAUGUGCAAAGUUGAUAGAUCAGUUGAGAAGCAGUGGAUCCACGGCAGAGUCGAACAGAUUGAACAGUAUCAUGAGCUUCAUCUGGCUGUGGCCUCAGCUGAAGUUAUCAUGAAGGUCAAAGAGACGCUUGGUCUUCAAGGUGACUUCGGAGUUUUGGAAACACUCACAGAAGUUAUCCAUGCAGACUUUCAAAAAGAGCCACUCAGUCGAAUAGACAAUAAUUUGAUGCAGGCAAAGAUGGUUCUGGUGGACAUUACAGAAUCCCGCAGACAGUGUCUGGAGGAGCUGGGAUUCAGACGACACUUUGUAAAGUGGGUGAAGGACGCCCUUGAAGAUAUUAAUGAGUUGAAGGUGUUUGUUGACCUGGCCUCCAUUUCUGCGGGGGAGAAUGACAUGGAUGUGGAUCGAGUCGCUUGCUUCCAUGAUGCCGUCCUGGGCUACUCCUCAGUGCUUUACGAGCUGAAACCCGACUCUGGUUUUACUGCCUUUAAAGAAGUGCUCAAGAAGCUCUGGAGAGCUUUUGAGAACGACGGAAACCUACCAAAGAAACUGCGGGACAGUGCGCGGCAUCUGGAAUGGCUGAAGACUGUGAAAGACAGUCAUGGCUCAGUGGAGCUAUCGUCUCUCUCGUUAGCAUCAACAAUUAACAAAAAGGGAACCUACCUAAUCAGUGCACAAAGUGCUACGAAGUUGAGUCUUGAGAUGGCUCUGAAGCUGCAGAUCCUAGAGGAGCAUGAUGAGGGUCACCAGAUGCGCUACUACUCUCUGGAUGACUUGAGAGAGCUUCAAAACAAACUCAUGCUCAUGUCUGGAAAAGGGGAUCAAGGACAGAAGGAAGUUGAUCAUUUUGCAGAGGUUUUUGCCAGCGUUCAGAGACUAGCUGAGGCCUUCAUAGCUCUUUACAUUGCUGGAAACCCUCUGUUCAGAAACUGGGAAGUGCAAAUAAACAGCUAUGUAAAUGGCGACGAACCCAGCAUUAUGAUGGACUUCAACGUGGGAAAUGCUCUCAGUGUCAUUGUGGAAGGCAAUGUAGAAGAGCAGCUUCCCGAUCUUUGCAAAAGAAUGGAGGAAUGUUUGGGUUUUUGGAUGAAGUUUGUCGACAAACAAAGAUCCCAGCAUUACUAUUUGAACUACUACACAGCCGAACAGAUAGUCUAUCUAUGCAGCAAGAUGACCCAGCAAAAUGUAACCAGUCUAGAGGACGAAGUUCUCAUGAUGCUCUCUUUCAUCAAGCCAAAAUGCACAUCCGUAGACUUAAGGCACGUCUGGCAUGCAUUUCAGUAUGAAAUCCUCACUAAACCAUGUGAACAAAAUGAGGACAUUGAGUUUCAGACUUUUGUUAUGGAGCAGGAAACUGCGGUGGAAGAUCCAGAAUUUAACAUCGAGCUUGAUCCAUUGCCAAAUUUUGUGCAGCAAGCAAGGGGCCUGCAAGCAUUUGAUCAGAUAUGGAACACUUACAUGAAAGACAUGAAGAGUUUUCUCCCAAACAUUCUUGAUAUCAAAAGUCUUGGAAGAUUGUUGGAAAUACUUGCCAACAAAGAUGAUGAGAAUGAAGAAAGUGACAGUGAAGAAGACAUAUCUGAUGACAAGACUGGCAGUUUCAUACAAAGGCAGUUACCUAAGGGUCUAGUCACUGGAAAGCCAAAUCUCAUUGUUUGUCCGCAUGACGAUGUCUUGACAUCCUGCAUCUCCAUCUAUAUGAACAAUGAAGACCAGGUUCUUCCAACCUAUGAUGAAGUCCUCCUCUGCAAUCCCUCAACUUCAUAUGAACAAGUGGAACUAUUCCUCAGACGCAGUCUGGGCAAGGGCUACGGAGGACAGAAAAUAUAUACUCUGCUGUACGGGGAUCUCCUCACAUAUGAUGUGAGCUCCAAAGUUGAGAAGUUUUUUCAGCGAAUAAAAAUGGAGAGUAGGAAGGACUACAAGCUUGUCAUCGUUUGCAGCUCAGAAAGGGAGCAUGCCUACCUUCCAUCUGCUUUCAGCGAGUGCAGAUUGCACCUGAUUCCCCAGGAGCCAUUGGCAAAGAUCCAGAUGUAUCUUCAGCAACACUAUGCAGUCCCUGCAGAAGAGUGCAGUGCAGCAGCUGCGUUUAAAGACAGACUCUGCGUUGGUGUCAUCUCAUCCAAAAGAGCUGGUGUUGGUAAAUCUCUGUACAUCAAGAGGUUGUUUGAAAAACUUAAGCAAUCAACUGACAAGCCAUCAAUGAUGAAAUGCAUUCGGCUGAUUGAACCUAACGUGGAUGAGACUGCCAUCCUUCAAUCUUUGUUGGACACCCUUAAAGGGGAAGAGCUCACCAUGUUCCAUUUUGAUGUCACAUCAUCGGUACAGAAAGGUCUUCACGAGUUCCUUUUCAAAUUGUUGAUCUUGCGCUACCUAAUGGAUUCAGAGGGAAAGAUGUGGAGGUGCAAUGACAGACAGCUGUAUGUCAUGGAGAUGUUAGAGCCCACUGUCAAGUCAACCAGAAGUGCCACUCCCCAGGAUCAAACGAUGAACAACACAUUCAUAGACGUGUUUCCCAAUAUUUUCUGCCGAUCACCCAAAGAGGUUUUGAUGUUAGAAACGAGGAAGUCAGAGGAUCCUAACAUUGUGUGCGCCCAUGACCCACUGAUGGAUGAUAAGGAGUUCAGAAGUGAAGCUUUCCAGCGGCCAUACCAGUACCUGGUGCGCUUUCAUAACAAGGCGAAUCUAGAUGUAUUCAAAUAUCAGGGUGUCGAGGGGUCACACGUGGAAUGUCUUCAGAUGUUUCUCAUGUUCUGUGGUAUCAUGGACCCAUCCUGGGCAGAACUGAGGAAUUUUGCAUGGUUCCUUAACCUUCAGCUGAAAGACUCUGAGACAUCAGUGUUUUGUGAUGCUACUUUCACCGGAGACACGCUAGCUGGAUUUAAAACCUUUGUGGUUAAUUUCAUGAUUUUGAUGGCAAAGGACUUUGCUACUCCAUCAAUCAGUAUCUCUGAUCAGAGUCCUGGCGUUCCAGAAGUCAAUCUGACUGGUGUCCGAGAUGAAGACCUGGCUCCUUUUCUCAUCAGAAAAAGAUGGGAAACAGAACCACAUCCAUACAUCUUCUUCAAUGACGAUCAUGUGUCCAUGACUUUCAUUGGUUUCCAUCUUCAGCUCAAUAAUCAAAACUCUGUUGAUGCCAUUGAACCCAUUACUAAAGCGGUGAUAAAAAGCAAUGUCAUGACAAGGGAACUGUAUGAGGGCUUAAAGCUCCAGAGAGUGCCUUUCAACAUCGACUUUGAUAGCCUUCCGCGAUCUGAAAAAAUAGAGAGAAUCUGCAACGUUUUGGGUAUCCAGUGGCCUCUAGACCCUGAUGAAACAUAUGAACUUACAACUGACAAUAUAAUGAAGAUGCUGGCAAUCCACAUGAGGUUCAGAUGUGGCAUCCCCGUCAUUAUCAUGGGAGAAACAGGUUGCGGGAAGACAAGGCUCAUCAAAUUCCUUUGUGAAUUGCGUAGGGGUGGAGUGGGAACUGAAAACAUGAAACUGGUCAAGGUACACGGAGGGACGACUUCAAAGAUGAUCUGCUCAAAAGUGAGAGAUGCAGAAGACAUUGCUUCCAUCAACAAAGAAGACUAUGGGUUUGGCUCUGUUCUCUUCUUUGAUGAGGCCAACACCACUGAGGCCAUCAGCAGUAUUAAAGAGGUACUCUGUGAUAAGACGGUGAAGGGAGAAUGUUUGACACCCAACUCUGGAUUGCAGAUUAUUGCUGCAUGCAACCCUUACCGGAAGCACACAGAUGAGAUGAUUCAAAGGUUGGAAUCUGCAGGUCUUGGGUACAGAGUUCGAGCUGAAGAAACUGAUGAAAAGCUGGGGUCUAUCCCACUUCGACAGCUUGUGUAUAGAGUUCAAGCCUUGCCACCAAGCAUGAUCCCUCUAGUGUGGGACUUUGGACAAUUGAAUGAUCAUGCGGAGAAAAUGUACAUUGAGCAGAUCGUGCAAAGAGUGGUUAAGCGCAAAGAUAUUGAUCAAAGGUACAUCAGUUGCAUCACUGAUGUCCUUUCUGCUUCACAGAAGUAUAUGAGGACAAGAAAUGACGAGUGCAGCUUUGUCAGUCUGAGGGAUGUAGAACGAUGCAUGCAGGCCUUUGUUUGGUUCCAUGACAACCACAAGAUGUUCUUUUUGGAGCUCCAGAAAUUUGAGAGAAAUCAAAACAAUGAAGGAUAUGAAGGGUAUCAGAGACAGCUGGAGACUAGAGACCCUGUUCUUUGGUCCCUAGUUUUGGCCAUAGGAGUGUGCUACCAUGCCUGCCUUGAAGAAAAGGAUAAGUACAGGCAGGAAAUCAGCAAACGCUUACCUCUACCAUACACCUCAAACAAGGUGAUGCAUGAAAUCUCACUCAUGCAGGAUUUACUUUUAAGUGGUGUGCCAAUGGGGGACACCAUUGCAAGAAAUAGUGCCCUCAAAGAGAAUGUCUUCAUGAUGGUUCUUUGCAUUGAGUUAAGAAUCCCUCUUUUCUUGGUUGGAAAACCUGGAAGUUCAAAAUCUCUGUCUAAAACUCUGGUGGCAGAUGCAAUGCAGGGCCAAGCUGCUCAUUCAGAGCUUUACAGAAAGCUCAAACAGAUCCACUUGGUGUCCUUCCAGUGUAGCCCUCACUCAACACCAGACGGCAUCAUCAAUACAUUCAAGCAGUGUGGUCGCUUUCAGGAAGGAAAAAACCUGAGAGAGUACAUUUCGGUUGUGGUUCUUGAUGAAAUUGGAUUGGCUGAAGACUCCCCAAAAAUGCCACUGAAAACUCUUCACCCACUGCUGGAGGAGGGGUGCAUUGAUGAUGAGCCACUCCCGCACAAAAAGGUUGGAUUCAUUGGCAUCUCCAACUGGGCACUAGACCCUGCAAAGAUGAACAGAGGCAUAUUUGUCUCCCGUGGUGACCCAGAUUUAAAGGAGCUCAUUGAAAGUGCUAAAGGCAUAUGCGCAUCUGAUGUAAUGGUUUCAGAGAAGGUCAGAGAUUUCUUCAAGCCCUUUGCAAGCGCCUACUUGAACAUCUGUCGCAAACAAGGGAAAGGUUUCUUUGGCUUGCGUGAUUAUUACAGCUUGAUUAAGAUGAUCUUUGCAGUGGCCAAAGCCUCUCCGCAGAAACCCACAGCAGAGGAGAUCCUGAAAGCAGUGUUGAGAAACUUCAGUGGGAAGGAUGAUGUAGACACAGUUUCAGUCUUUACUAAAAGACUUCAGAUUGGAGUGCACCAGGAGAACAUCAGCACCAUUGAGCUUGUCAAGGAAAACAUUCAAGCAGGUGGACAGGAAGAGGAAUGUCGUUACCUGUUGGUGCUCACAAAGAACUAUGCAGCCCUACAGAUCUUGCAGCAGACUUUCUUUUCCGAAAGUGGUCAACCAGAAAUCAUUUUUGGAUCCAGCUUCCCUAAAGACCAAGAGUAUACCCAAAUCUGCCGCAACAUCAACAGAGUCAAAAUAUGCAUGGAAACGGGUCAAACGGUUGUACUCCUGAACCUGCAAAACCUAUAUGAAAGUCUCUAUGAUGCUCUGAACCAGUACUAUGUCUACUUGGGAGGUCAGAAAUAUGUGGACCUUGGUUUGGGAACCCAUCGUGUGAAAUGCAGGGUGCACAAAGACUUCCGUCUUAUCGUCAUUGAAGAAAGAGAGGUGGUCUACAAACAGUUCCCAAUUCCUCUGAUCAACAGACUUGAGAAACACUACUUGGACCUCCACACUGUCCUGAAAACUGAGCAGAAGAGAAUGGUGGAAGAACUGGAGAAAUGGGUGAAACUCUUUUCAUCGGUCAACAGCCAGCAUGCAGGAGGGGCUCAGACGUACAAGUAUCAGCCGCCAGAUGUGUUCAUUGGCUACCACUCGGACACCUGCGCUUCAGUGGUUCUUCAAGUAAUAGAUGAACACAGGGAUGGUAUGGAAAUAUCAGAUUCAGAGAGAAGACUACUUGACGAAGCCAAACUCAUACUCCUCAAAUGUGCUACGCCUGACUCAGUGGUGCGGCUGGAUUGCACUGGUCUGCCAAAAGUGGAGAGUGAAGAUCUUGCUAGGGACUACUUUGAGGAGCAGAGUAAUAGUUGUUUAGCUGACUACAUACUUGGUCACACAAGACAGAAAUCCCAUGGCUGCGCCUUCUUCACAGAGGUGACAACUUUCUCCAGACUUCUGACUGCAUUUGACUUGGAACCUCUGGAAAAAAUGUUCCACAGAGUGGAGCUUCUUUCACUCCAACAGUUUGACACUGAGCACUCUUUCCUGAAGAAGAUCAGGAACUUCCUGACUGCUGUAAAUGGACGCAGCAACACUGGACCAUGCAACAAGAUCCUCAUCAUUCAGAGUGAUUUUAAUGAAGGCUCUGAAAGUGCCAAUCUCAUUGCAUCUGCAAAGUACUCAUCAAUAAAUGAAAUCAACAAGAUGUCUCAGGAUGGCACAGAAAGCAAGGUAUUUGUCUACUUCAUCACAAGAUUGCCGAGAAUGGAAGGAGGGACGUCCUACAUUGGGUUCCAUGGAGGUCCCUGGAGAUCAGUUCACAUUGAUGAUCUUAGACGGUCAAAAGACAUUGUUUCAGACAUCAAAACCUUGCAAAACAUGACAAUCAGCCAAAUGUUUGAAGCCAAGAUGAUUCAGCCUGAAGCCAUGGAAGUGGAUGACAUGUAUAAUGAAACUCAGACAGAGAAGCAGGAUGAGACUCACGAUUCAGAAAACGUUUUGGACACCACAGCGCUGCUGCGGAGCUGUGUGCAGAGUGCAGUGGGCAUGCUGAGGGACCAAGCGGAAAGUGGCUCCCGCAGUACUCGGAGAGUUGAGAUCCUACUGACGCUCCUAGCUGAUGAUAAUGAAAUUACGGGUGAGUUUCUACAAACGGUGAAGAAGCAUCUGCACUCACUGUUGGAGAGUCAUGAUGGAAACUCCAUGAAGAGCAACUGGGUCCUCAAGGAGGCCUCAAACAUCGAUGCCUUACAAGAGGGAGGCACCUUCAGGCAAACAUUAUGGAAACGUGUUCAGGCUGUGGUUGUUCCCCUCUUGGCCCAUCUAAUUUCAAUCAUCGACCAGGACCAAAACAUGAACCUCCUGCUUGAUAGAAACUGCUGUGAAUCUGUGAAGAGACUGUGGUUGGAUAUGUUUAGCAAUGAAAAGUUGCUGAAUAUCUCACACCAAGCAAUAGACCGCAACUCUGAGACGAGAACAAUCCUUGUUCAGACUCACAUGAUCCAAGACGGGAACAUGGGCUGCAGCAUGCCGUUCAGCUGGAGAAUUAAGGACCAUCUGGAAGAACUCUUGGUUCAUGCGCUCCAACAUGAAGGACAAACUCAGCAAGAGUUUGUUGAGUUCUUCUGGAAGACACCACUGGGACGCUUCAUUGAGAAAGCAGAUCCAGAUAUGCAGACAGAGUUUUAUCAACGCUACCUUCAGGAUUUCAUCUCUAUGUCAAUGAGUGUGACCUGUCAGGAAGACCUUCAGCUCCUCCGUGGCGCCUUGAAUUGUUGUGUCAGUGAGCUGCGACUGAAGUUAAAUGACACCGAAACAGUGAUAUCUCUUCCGUGGGUCCAUUCUGCAUAUCAUGAGUUCAAAAACCGGCUGCAGAACCUCUCAAGAAUGAUGUGUCUGCAGCCUCAGGUGACCAAAGACCUGCUGGGAAAUAAACACGCCAGUGAUAGUGUCGAAAUGGUUCUCGAUGUGUAUGCUGCUUUUGCAUGUUUGGAGCACCUUGAGCCCAGAGUUCUGGACACAGAUGCUCAAAGACAAGCCUGGCUCAGGCAGGUGAAAAAACUCCAGGUUCCCAUAGAGCUGAUCUGCUCAGAGGACAGCAUGAGAAACUACGGAGAGAGGAGCAAGAUGAUUGUCAAGAGGGUUCAAUCUGGCUGGAAUCGCAUAUUUUCUCUCGCUCUGUUUGUGGAGCACAUGCUCCUGGGAAUUGAGGUGUUGGAGAGGAAACUGACACCUGUAGUUUUGGAGCAUACACGGGGCCUUGGCCAGAUCCUUGAGAAAAAUUCGGACCUCAAAACUCAGCAGUCCUUUGAGGCAGUAAUUGGUUUGCUGAAAACCUGCAAAGAUGGAGCCGUGGAACGAAUCUUCAGGUUCGGUCUAACAAUUUGUCCAGUGUGUAUGGGAGACCCACAGGAUCCACUUUCCCUGGGCUGUGAACACAUCUACUGUCUAGCCUGUAUCAAACAGUGGCUGGUCCCUGGGCAGAUGUAUUGUCCCCUGUGCAUGCAGCCAGUGGAAGAGGACUUCCCCAUGGUUCCUUCAGAUGACAUAAGGAUUCAAGUCACCCAACAUGCUCAGUUCAGGAAGCAGUGCAACGCCUUCUUCAUAGACUUGGUGUCCACCGUGUGCUUCAAGGACAACUCUCCUCCCAGUCCAGCUGUCAUUCAUGAUCUGUUGUCCUUCCUCAUGGUGGAGGCCAACGCUGCCCCCCUCAUCGGAGGUAAUCCACAAACGCUGACAAAAGUGCUCUCUCCUUUUGAUGACUCUGUGGAUAGAAAUCCAGUGGUCCGCUCAGUGGUCCUCAAACUCUUGCUGAAGUACAGCUUUGAUGAUGUUAAAGAAUAUCUGCAGCAGCAUCUCAUGGAAGUUCAGAAAAGCAUCAUCUUGGAGGACAAAGACAAGACUGAACUCUACUGCUUGUACAUAAACUGCCUGGAGGACUCCAUGUUUGAGAGGUUGCAGUUCAGGUCCAUUGCAGAUGAGCAGGCAUAUGUGCAGGAUGAAAAUGCCUUCUUGACUGACUUCCUGCAAACACAUGACACAUCUGCUACAAAUGCAACUGUAGAGUGUUUGCAGCAGGUGGCCAGAGUUCGCAUGGACCUGGAUCUGACUGCAAGGAUAAUUGUGGAAAAACUGAGAACAGCAGGCUCACAGGAGGGUCAGACUGGAACCAGAGCUUUCCUGGAGACUGUGGUGAACCUUUGCAGGCGAAGUGGAAAUGACUGGUAUCGUGUUUAUUUGAUCCGAAAGAUCUGCAGCCAACAUGGAGUGGAGUUUGUCCUGAAACUCCUCAAACAGGAUCAGAUGCGUUGGCUCUUCCCUGAAGAACUUGUCCAACAUAAUGAAGAAACAACCCUGAUAGACCAGUAUCUUGUGUACGGAGAAGACUACAAGACUGUCAGAGAGGCUGUUGCAAAAGUAAUCAUGGAUGGCAAAGCAGACGGACUUGAAGAAGCUUGUGAGACAUGCAGAUGUCCACCGCAGAAUAAAACAGUUUACCUUCUAUUGGCGCUGUUCAGAGAAGUCACCACUCUCUAUAGACAAGCUAAUGCUAGCUUCCAUCCAAAGCCUGAGCAACUGGAAGCUCUGACGUCCUACAUCCAGACAUCGAGAGUCCUUGCCAGCCCAGAGGUGAAGGCCUUUGCCCGGGCUCUGGUGACCAACGAACUGGGGCCGUUGACUCUUCAUUCUCGGCUCUCUGGCAGCAAGAGUGCAUCAGUGGAAAUAACUGUUCACUUAGCGGCUGUCCUGCUCUGUGGAGCCCAGGGGAUGUUAGCACCCCUGCAGCAGCUGGCGAUGGCUCCUGCAAACAUGCUGGCAGCUUUCUUGCCCACCAUGCCUGAGGACAUGAUUGCAGUAGCUCAACAAGUUCUGGGUCCAGUGCGGUGGUACCUUUGUCCAAAUGGCCAUCCCUGCACCAUUGGCGAGUGUGGCCAGCCCAUGGAAACGAGUCAUUGUGUAGAUUGUGGUGCUGUGAUUGGAGGAAACAACCACUUGGCUGUCCAGGGAUUUCAGGGCAUGGGCAUGCAAGGUGACCGCACUCAGAGCGGCCACAUCCUUGGUGACGCACAACGCAGAGACAACCCAGACAUGCUGGACACAAAGAGCAUUUCCCCUGUUCCCUUCACUGUUAUCCGCAUGCUCACUCACAUGGCCAUGCUGCUCGGUACCUGCAGCCACUUGCAGUUUAUUUCUGCAAUCAUCAAACCUCAAGUUGCUGAUCCUGGAGCAUUUCUUCUUGCACAUCUGGGAAAAGAUGUGGAACAUCUGGCCAGGUCUCUGGGUAAAGGGACUGAUGACACGAUCAGUGCAGUUCAUCUGCUCAUCGGCAGCCUCCUGGGACCCCAACAGCCAAACCAGUGGCCUGCUCCUCACGCCAAUCUGCUCUCCACCAAAGAGGCCAGAAAUGCAUGGGAGAUAGACAUGAGCAACAGCAUCAUCACACCUCAACUAAAGAACUUGGAGAGACAGCUUAAGGAAGUAAAUACAUUCAUUCGUGGAGACUCUCGCCUCUCUGCUAAUCCAGUUGUGAAGCUUGUGUUUGGUGAUCCUCGUCUCUUCUUAAACUCACUUCAUCCAAACUCUCUGAUCCAUUGUUCUGCCGUGUGGAGCUGCAGAGAGAAAGUGUCUCUGCUGAGUCUCACCCACAUUGUGGAGCAGAAUGACGGCAGAGACGCCCUUCCUGUGCUGUGGAGAUUUCUGCAGAAGGAAGCAGAAGUGAGACUGGUGAAGCACCUGCCUGACAUCCUCGCGCUCCAGAAGGAUCUGAUCAAGAAGUUUCAAAACAUCACUGAGCUUACUUACAAGACCAUUGGUCAAUUUCUCCAGAACCAGAAAGCAGCUUCCCUUAAAGCCUGGUAUAAGAAAUACAUAAAAAUCUUCUUAUCAGCCUGGAAUCGGCUCAGAGGGUCUCUGGCAACAAACGGUGAGAUUAAAAUCCCAGAUGAGUUCUGCCAGAAGGACCUGGACAUGAACAGUGACUUCAGGGUGCUGUUACCACGGCGACAAGGUCCAGGCCUGUGCUCCACGGCCCUCAUCAGCUACCUAAUAACUCUGCACAACGACCUUGUUUACUCUGUAGACAGGCUCACCGGAGAGGAGACCAGCUACAAAGUGAGCCCUGCAGAUCUGACUGACCUGCAUGUGAUUCGUUAUGAGAUUGAGCGAGAUGUGAUGCCCCUGGUUCUGUCAAACGUCCAGUACAGCAUCAAGAAGGGCCAGGAGACCCUUUAUGAGUACGAUUUACCCAGGAUCCAGCAGCAGAUCAUCUCCCGCUUCCUCCUGGGAAAACCUCUCAUUACUCUGAACGGCAUUCCGACACUAGUGAACAGACAUGACCGCAACUAUGAGAUUAUCCUCAGGGAUGUAAAAGAAAAAGUGAGACAAGAGCCUCUGCAGACUCUCACCCUGGUUUCUGUGGCUGGAGAGCUGCAGUCCUACAGCGAGGUGUGUGAAGCCCUGUCCACGCUGGAAGUGGCCCUGGGCUUCCUUGCCAUGACUGGGGGAGAGCCUGAGAUGCAGCUGUCCAGCUACCUGGAGGAGGUGCUGCAGAUGGGAAACCAGAUGGCUCAGCAUAUCGUCAAGGCCUUGAGCAUGUGUUGUGUUAAGCAUUGUGUGGCGCUGUGGCAGCUACUGGCCUCACUCAAAUCAGAAAAUAUGCUCUGUCUCAAGAGAGAUCCAUUUGUGGGAGUUUCAGAGAAGUACAAAGAGCCUCUCAGUGAUGAAGAUCAGCAGCUGCUGAUUGAUUUCUUCUCUAAAAACAGUGCUGACAGUUUCCUGCUGGAGAUGCACGAGUUCCUGGUGCUGGUCCUCAAAACGCCAAACGCUUCUGAUACCUACAAACCCAACUGGGGCUUAAAAGAAACGCUGAUGCCUUACAUGGACCAGAAAGACGUGGACGUCCCCCCAGACGUGGAGGAGCUCUUCCCAGAGAAGAUCUGCCUGUCCCACUACGUAGAAGCCUGGAAGUUCAUCGUCACCUUCAAGAAGGAACGUGGGCAGAGGCAAUGA